AUGAGAACUUUGGCUAUUACAAGCUUGGACAGUCUAGUUCCGCAAGAAGCGAAAUCCGCGCUGCUAGAAAAUGCCAUUUCCGGAUCUGCUCUUUGGUCACUUCAGAAAAAUCCGGGAAUUGGGAUUCACUUCACGCUUUUUUGGCCAACAGACGUUCCCGCCGAAGAUCUUCUAGAGAAAAAGAAAGAAGAGCAAUCAGAAGAGCCAGAAAAGACAGCGCUAAAACGUGCCCGACCAGAAACGCCAAAAAGUCCUGACGCCCCAGAAGACUCCGAAACUGCCGAACCUCCCGCUAAGAAAGCUUUUUCAAACGAUUCCGGCACCAGUUCUCCGACAGAAAAGCUUCCGAAAACCGUUCUUCCGGAAGAACCAGAAAUUGACUUGUCCGUCGAUGAACAAAAAGAAGAAGAAGAAAUAGCCUUGAAUGAAUCUUCUUCCGAAAAAGCCGAAGAAAUCUGCACAGAAAACUGCCCCACUGCCUCGCAACCAACUGCCUUUCCCUUCCCACCCGGCGGCGCUUUCCAACCUCCCCCAGUGUCAGCUCCGAGUUCUCUUCACCCAAACGCGCUGAUUCAAAGCAUUCAAAAUCAAAUUCUUCAAGCGGCGAUCCAGCGGCGAAAGUUGCUCGAAGAAGAGCAGAAACGAAUUUUGAGUGGACUCGGCGGCGCCGCUCCUUUCAACCAGCCUACUCCCGCGCAGAGAUUGCCAAUGCCUCUUGGAAUUCCUCCCAAUCCAUUGGCUCUCCUGGGAAACAACGCUCAACCUCGAUUUCCACAAGUUCCACCUUCUUCUUUCGCCGGCCUCACCCACUCAGACAUCGGCCUGCCACGUGAGGGCGAAGCAGUCUUCCGGGACAAAUACAUCUGGUCCGAGAGCGUGAAAAAGUACCUCUGCUCCGUUUGCGGCUACUCCACCCCCUACAGAUCCAACAUCAUCGUUCACUUGCCCAAGCACUACCCAGAGCUGAGAAGAUUCCGAUGCCCGAUCUGCUCGAAAAGAUACGGAAGGAAAGAUCUCUGGAAGAGCCAUUUGAGAUCAAGACACCCUGAGGUUGCUGAUAUUGUUCUUUCUCCUUCUUGGCAUUCGAUGCCAAAUAAUCCUCAAGCACUGAAAACGGAAAGCACACAAAACGAUGCUCUUUCAGCGAAACGUCCUUUGACCGUAAAUCCUAAUGACUGUUAA